AUGUCUUCAGAACAACCUACCAAGAUGACUACAAGGAGGGACGUCCUGAUUGCCAAAAUGCAACAAUUACAGAAGGAGCUCAAAACAGCCAACGAGCUGAACAAAAAGCUCCUUCAAGAACAAGAAGAGAGUGAACAGGAGAUUGAGCGUGUUGUAAGAACAAACACAACACUAAAAAAUCAACUCGCCAACCAAGACGUUGAGUAUGAAGACUUGCAAGGGCAGCGCGAUGAACUGCAGGCCAUUGUCAACCGGUUCCAGCAAUGCCAGGAUAUACACGAGCUGGCGUUACAACGCGUCCGGGACUUGCAACAGCAACUGGAGGAGUCGGAAUCAAAACAUGUUUGCAAGUAUUGCUCCGGCAACCCCGUGCCCGCUGACAAUAAUAUGAAACCGGGCAGCGGCUACAACCUGAGCUUCGAGUCACCACGGCCACCGACGCGCCCCGCCGCGCCGAGUUCGCCCGCGCUGCGUGCCGUCCUAGCCGCGCCGGGAUCGCCCGCGCUGCGAGCGCUGUUCGCGUCGCGCCCGAGCCUCGCGCUCGAGCCCAGCAGAGACCUUCACCCCGUCUCGAGCUUCGGGGAUCCUGCGCCAGUACCGGCUCAACCGCCAUCGUCACCGCCGGGCGUCGUCGAGCGGGUUCCAUCGCGACCGUCCAUCGCCGGGCCGGCUCCAUCGCCGCCGGCCCUCGUCGAGCCGGCCUCGUCGCCGCCCAGCCUAGCUACGCUGGCUCUGGCGCUGCUGACCUAUGUCUCGCCCGCUCCGGCGCCGCCACCCCUCGUCUCGCCGCCGUCGCCCCGCCUCGCGCCGCCAUCCUCCCCGCCGCCGCCGCGGUCUAUGUUAGUCUCAAAAUGCUCCAUCCAGAUGUUCGCUAACACCGGCGCCACAGGGCUGCCCAUAGCAACUCCGUCAAUCUGGAGAUAA